AUUCUAAAAAAAAUAAUGCUUCUUCCUAUGCUGAAAAGGUAUUUAAAGACUUGGUGGAAGAAGCUAUUGUACAUUUCAACGACUGGCAAGAGGGUUGCUGUACCAGGCAGAGAACAGCGAUUCUACACAGAUAACUUUGAAACGAUGAAGAACUUCAUCUUCUGGAUCAGUAUUUUUUCUCUGCAACUUCUUUUAGCAUCAGGGUCGGCUAUUGAUUCAAAUGCAGCAAAGAAUGAAGACGAGCCGAUAUUUGAAGAUGACCUGGAACAGAUGGCUGAGGAAGAUCCUUAUGAAGCAGAUAUGCAACACCCAAUGUAUUUGCAUGAUUCAAUAGAUGAAGACUUGACUUUCAAAGAUGCAUCACCAGGCUGGGGAAGAGUUGUUAGGAGAGUGGUCAGGGGAACUAGACGUGUCGUCAGAAGAGUCGCCAGGGGAACUAGACGUGUCGUCAGAAGAGUCGUCAGGGGAACAAGACGACUGGUGAGAAGGUUGGCCAAUAUCUUUCCUCAAUGCAGACAGUCGAAGCACUACAGAAGAGGACACCACGUUCCUUAUGGAAGAGCAUCAGGUUCCUGCAUCAAGCAAACAGCAUGGCACCUGCAAGCCCGUUGUUGGGCGCCAAAAAUUUAUAUGGCAAUUGGAGAGCGGUUCCUCCCCUCCAGCGUUGACUUCUUUUUAAGAUAUGUCAACAUGUUCAAUAGCCAUGGUCGCCUCGUCCAGACAAAUUUGAGAACAUCCAACUUGCUGCCCCUUCAACGUGGUUUCUUAGGAACUAAGCAGAGACUCAGAUCCGCAACAUCAGAAUUGCCCUUUUUCCGAGGACAGCACCCAAAAUUUGUUCCAAUUUACGUGUUCUUCAAACAAUUCAGAAGAGGAAACGAUGUGUUUCGCACCUUCUACUACUAUGUAUUUUUCCCUUACAACCGUGGGAAGCAUGCUUGCAUGGGACCAGUUAUAAACAACAAAUGUACGACAAGAAAUUGUCGCUGGUUUGGAAACCAUGUUGGCGAUUGGGAGCAUGUCACUAUUCAGCUGAAGAACAAUUACCCCUACAAAAUGUACAUAAGUGCCCACGACUUUGGCGGCACAUACUGGUACAAUUCAAGAAUAGGGGCAUUUGCCAAGGGUGGAGACAGAGUAAAGUUUACUCGAUGCGGACAUCCAAUUGUGUUCUGUGCUAAAGGUUCUCAUGGCAUGUGGACAAAGCAAGGCGUCCACACCUACAAAAAGCUGAUAUAUGGCGAAAAGCUCGAUGACGUGGCUUCUGCUGGCAUACCUUGGGACACAUGGAAAUUCAUUAAAUUGAUACGUCACAAGAAGAAGGCUGGCUAUAGAGGAACCAACCGGUGGCUCAAUUUUAAUGGAGAUUGGGGUAACAGGGAACGUGCUUGCUUUCGUAUCCGUCUGUUUAAAAAGCAACUUGUAAAGCAGUGUACCCUUAAUGGUGGUCCUUCGUCUUUAAACAACAGGAUGCAAAGCAACUUCUAAUAGGGAAGACAGCUAUGGAACUCGACAAAACUUUACAGCAUGAACUUUUAUUUCUAUUAUAGCUUGAAAACACAUUUACACGUUUCUAAUGCACUUUUUAAUUUGCAAUGAGUUAACAAAAUCA